CGCCUCCGGCUUCAGGUUCCAGUUUCCCCGAGGCUCUAGAAUUCAGAUCCCUCUCGCCACAUCCGUUCCCUCCCCCUCCUCUCCACGCGCGCGCCGCCGGCUCUCCAUCUCCAGCGCGCCGGCGCCCGCCCAGAUCCAGGAGAUAUGCCUCGCUAUGAUGACCGCUAUGGAGGCACGCGCUUGUAUGUUGGCAGAUUGGCCCCCCGUACUCGUUCCCGCGAUUUAGAAUAUCUGUUCGGCAGAUAUGGGAGAAUACGAGAAGUGGAGUUGAAGCGCGACUAUGCAUUUAUUGAGUUCAGUGAUCAUCGUGAUGCUGAUGAGGCUCGAUACCAACUAGAUGGCAGGGAUGUUGAUGGGAGUCGCAUUGUUGUUGAGUUUGCUAAAGGGGUCCCACGUGGUCCAGGUGGCUCACGUGAAUAUAUGGGAAGAGGCCCUCCACCAGGUACCGGUCGUUGUUUCAACUGUGGAAUUGAUGGUCACUGGGCAAGAGACUGUAAGGCUGGUGACUGGAAAAACAAAUGCUACCGUUGUGGAGAAAGAGGGCAUAUAGAAAGAAAUUGCCAGAACAGUCCUAGGAGUGUCAGGCGUGAAAGAAGUUACUCACGGUCCCCAUCUCCACGUCGUGGAAGGGGUCGCAGUCCAAGCUAUAGUAGAAGCAGGAGCAGGAGCCGGAGUCGGAGCUAUAGCCGAUCGAGAUCCCUAUCUGGAUCUCCUAGGGGAGGUCGCCGUGACCGUGACGAUAGGAGAUCAAGGAGUCUUAGCUACAGCAGGAGCCCCAUGCGAUCUGCCUCGCCACCUCCAAAGGAAAAGGAGCGCAGCCCCACACCUGAUGGAAGCAGGAGCCCAAGGAGUCGCAGCCCCCAGGAUCAGGUGAUGAGCCCACCACCAAAGGAUAACGGCGAAGGCAAUGGUUCAGACCGUGGCGAGAGCCCCAGAGGAAGGGAAACUAGCAGGAGCAGGAGCCGCAGCAGGAGCCCAUCCGGUGAUAACCGCAGCCCUGCAGCUAAUGGGCGGAGCCCGAGUCCUAGAGGUGACCGUAGCCCAAGCCCCAGGGCUGACCGUAGCCCAAGCCCCAAGGCUGACCGUAGCCCAAGCCCCAAGGGCAAUGGUAACAAUGACGAUGAUGAUGCUGCCCGUGGUGCUUCCCCAGCAGGAAGCAAGUCACCCUGAAAGAUGCCCAUCCCAGUUUGUGCUGCUUCAUGAUGCAAUGGACAGACUUUAUCGUCAUUGCUGUUUUUAUUAUCACAUACCAAAGACAUGCAUCUUUCUCCUAUCUGAAACGUGGACUUAUUUUGUUUGCUUUGAGCUAGGACUCGUAUUUUUCUCUUAUGGAUAUGAUAUGAUGCCUUCGGGCUGGUUUGCAUCUGAAUAAGUGGAUGUUCGCAUGUUGUGUACCAUGUUGAUAUUAUUGCCUGAUGAGUGCAGCAAUGGUUUCGUCA